UUGUUCAUACCAUUUACAGAUUUUGAGGAUCAGAUUGACAAUGAGGCUUUAUCCCAACGUCAUCGCAAGAAACGUGGACCAAAGAAGAAGCCUCUAACAAAAGAACGCGAGGAUCGAAUGCGCAGUCGGCGAGCACGAGCCAAUGAUCGCGAGCGCAACCGGAUGCAUGGCUUAAACAGAGCUUUAGAGGCACUGCGAGAACGUGUGCCUGUCUUCUCGGCCAAUCAGCGAUUGAGUAAAAUUGAAACUCUCCGAUUGGCUAAAAACUACAUUCGUGCGUUGACCGACAUCUUGGAGAGCAGCGAGGCUCAACCGGAUUCCCUAAAGAUGGCAUUAACGUUGACUGAUGGGUUGUCCCAGAAUACGACAAAUCUGGUAGCGGGUUCUUUGAAAGUCAGUCCUAGGGUACUGCUGCAGAUGCAGAAAAGAAACAGUCAUGGUGCAAAUGACAGUGGAAGCAGCAGUGGCACGAUGCCUCAAGAAACAAGUUUAAUGAGAGAGACGGAAUACUAUUGCUCGAGCUAUGGAUUCGGUCAGGUACAACAGAGCAUCUACUCCCCUAUUCCCGAUUGUCAAUUUUCCGACAGAUUCAUGAAUGAGUAA